AUGAGUUUCCAUCUUUCUGCUGUUAGCAUCGAGCUAGAAGAUGACCAUAUCCUCAAGACCGUACUUCGAGAUGCAGAUGGCGAGGAGCAAGAUUCCGAGUUGGACCUGAACCAAUUUAUCGGCAACAAUGAUGGCUCGUUUGCUUGGGAUGACAAGAAUUUCCAAGAAAGCGCCUCAAACAUUAGUCUUACCCGUGAGGGAGACGAGGAGAUCCCUGUGCUACGUGCUACCUUGGGCACCGUAGAGGGCGAGGAGCAAGAAGCGGACAUCAACCUUGCGGAAAGAAUCGGAAAUGACAACGGAACCUUGGUCUUUAACUGA